UACAAUGGAUGUAAAGCGCUUAGAACGCAUGCGGAUAAGCGCUAUAUAAGUGUUAUUAUUAUUACAGGGAGAGUGAGUCAGAAGGAAUUAGCAUCAUGGGAGCCACUUGGAGAGGGACGGUUCUCAACUGUUUACAAAGCAAACCUCAAAGGCAAUAAUGUAGCCGUCAAGGUUCCGAAAAAUCUCAAGCAAACCAAGCCACUGCUUACAGAGGGAAAUCUCCUAAGGUAUUUCUACUCAUGAUUCUCAGAGGUUACUCAAUUUCUCAGAUACAGAAGAUGGAAAAUAUUGUUUUGGUUUUGCGAUCAGCCAUUUGUGGAUUUUAUCACAUGGGGAAGAUUAAAUUAACCUGUUAUCAAGUAUUUCAGGGCACUGAAAUUCUGUUAAUUAUUAAUAUGGUGGUAUCUGUAGUGCACUACUCUACACAGAGCAGGCCGGAAGUGUUGGAAAAUACCAUAAUACUAACAGAAAAAUAUUAGAAAUACACCCUAAGUUGAAAGACGUGUAGUUGUCAGUAUAUAGUGCUGAAAUUAUGAGUCAUUUCAUCUGAAAGUACCCCUGAACAUCAGCAUGAUAAUUAUGCAUUUUUUACAUAAUAAUUAUUGCCCCAGUUUAGUAUAAAGCUUCAUGUUUUCUAACUAAUUGUCCUAAUUAGUAUUUUUCUUUUUAUUUCAACAGGGAUCUUCGUCAUGACAACAUUGUUGCAUUUAGAGGAAUGAAUAUUUUGCAAAGUGAUAUUGUACAUGAGAAAUUUACUCUAAAAGCAGGCAGUCCUUUCCUAGUAAUGGAAUACAUCCCUAAGAAUCUGUACAGAUUUGUGGAAGAUCACAAAACUCCUGAAUCUCAGGGACUUCCCAGAGGUCAGGUGUGGACUAUUGGCAGAGGAAUGGCUCAUGGUUUGAUGUACCUGCAUGGUUUGAAUCCACCCAUAAGCCACAGAGACUUGAAGCCUGAUAAUAUUCUGGUAAGUCUUUCUCUUUUUAAGACUUAGUUGUUAUUUCUUUUUUUGAGUAAAGACUGUGUGAUUGUUCCAUUAGAUCCACUGAAUUCUGAGACUUUCUGUGGGUAUUUCUGAUUGCUGUUGAUGAGACAAUGCUCUUAGAGAUGAAAGUGGCAAGCACAUCCCGGGGGGCACUCCCCUAUAAAAGUGAUGGAAGACCCCCCCCCCCUCCCCGGGGAACGCUUUACCAUUCUGGUCAAGUUUGACAAUGUAAGUUUUGCAAUGAUGGCAAAAAAAUGUGCCGAAAAGUGCGCUCCACAUUUAUUAAGUAAUGGGUAUCCAACAAUGAAUGAAUCCUAUUUUCAAAUUUUCUUGAAUGACUGAAUGCCUCCAUGGUGUGAUUUGUGUACGCUAGGGAAGGAAAUGAAUCCGGGGAUGUGGUAUAUUAUUUUUAUAGGCCAUGUGGCUAAAUGAUUUAUAAUUUGAGUUUUGUUCAUUUGAUUGCAUUAUUAGCUGGAUGUCAGGAGUUUGAGGGUUAAAUUAGCGGACUUUGGUUUGUCACGGACAGUAGAAAGAACUGGAAAUGAUCUCUCUUUAUUCCAUUCACGCUGGUCAGCUCCUGAGGUUUGGGAAGAUUACAUGUACUUUGAUGAAGAACCUGUAGAAGGUAAAGGUCCAUGAAAACACAGAUUGUCAAUGAACUUAUUUACAUUUCAUUAAAAUUAUAUAAAGGUGUUCCUGAAUUUUUUUGUUUUGUAAAAUUACUAAUGAUAUCAAACACAGACCACAAUUUUUGGGCAACACUGUUUAUUGACUAGCAAAUCAGACUUGAGAUCAAUAAAUGAAACUACUGGGGGUGGAGUGGGUGGGAAAAUGUUGACAAGCUCCAAACUGGCUGAAAGGGCCUAAGUGAUCUGGAAGACGAUUUACUGCGGCAGCUACUAUACUGACAGCUAAGGAGCAUGUUCUCAUUUGGUAAUUACCCUUCAUCACCUUGGGUGAUUUUGGUUGUCUGAAUUGUAAUAAUAGUGCUCGAAAUAACUGUAGGAAAACGUACUACAACAAUCAGUCAAUAAAAAUAUUUCUAUUUAAAAUACUUUCAGCUAAGAAUGACUAUGUUGGUGCUGGAUUUAAUAUUUUACUCUAAAUUACCACUUCACCUCCAGAGAAUGAGGCUCUUGAAGACCAGCCCACAGAAGAUUUUACUGAUAGCCAAGACGAUGAGUUAUUUUUCCUGCGUGCUGACAUCUACUCUUAUGGACAAGUGGUAGCUUACACUUUAACAGGAAAGAUGCCAUGGCAUGGCCGGAACUCCGUGAGUGUAGAAGGAAUUCAAAAUAAUAUGAUUCAGUCUCUUGAUCAGGUCGAGAUUCCUGAGGAACUGAGUGGAAAACUGAGGAGUGUUAUUCAUGACUGUCGCCUGGAAGACCCACAAGCACGUCCUACAGCUGAUAGAUUAGUUCUAGAUUACUUUAGUGGUAAGGGCAUCAUUUUAUUAAUUUUAUUUUAUAGACACGAGUGUUUUACUGGAAAAUAUACCACUCGUAAAAUUCAUAAAAACUACAUCCAGGACCCGAGUGGUUUAUUUUCCAUAAUCUCACGCGUGAGUUUAUUUGAUGAUGUAAUUUUGGUAAUUUCCCUUUAUCAUUUUAUCGAUGUCAUUUUGUCGUAGGUGAUAUGAAUCCUUAUCAAGCUGAAGCUAAAAGUGCUGAAUUCUUCUCGUGUGGCUUCCUUCAGCACACUUCUAUUUUUGUUGCAGAGAGCUUGGUUGAUGGGGUAAAGAUUUGGCUUAAUUCUGAGGCACAGUUGAGUGACACAAAUUCUCCUGCCCAGCUUAUCGUGCAUUACUUAACAGGGAUAUCCCCUGGGUAAAAGGGUCAUUUAUUGAAGUGAAGGUACCCAAAUACUGAAAUAGGGGUUUAAAAUGAAUGGUCACGCCCAGGGAUUUUGUCUAGUGACUCAAAAGUUAGAACCACUUUUCACAGCAUCAAAAAGAGCACUAAAAAAGUGCUGCUUUCAUUUUUAUGGUCACACUUUAGGAUUUCUUCCACAGACUUAAAAGAACCACCCUGUACAGCACAAACAAUACCACAGGAAACUGAUGCUCAGUAGCUUUCAUUUGGAUGGUCACACUUAAGGAUUUUAUUCACAAACUGAAAAGGUACAAGUACCUUAAUACAUGGCUCAAUAAUUGACCCAGGAAGUGGAAUGGUAACUGUAUCAAUUAUUCAAUUUAAUUCAUUGCAAUUUUGACCUGAGCUUAGUUUUGCUGCUUUUCAAUCAAUUAGUCCAGUGAAGGAUUCUUCAAGACUGGAGUACGUCCCCAAGGAUUUCCUGCUCAGUGUCUUUUGUGCAAAGUGGAAGUGGGAAAUGAAGAAUAUAACAACGUUCCCAAAGAAUGGACAUACGAGCAAAAAUACCGGGGGUAUUAUGAUCACUUUAGACAGGUAUAGAAAAUAUACAUAAGACGUUUUAACGGGAAGUGGGAAAGGAACAACCUGGCACGCGCGAGAACGCAAGGGGCACGCGAGGAAAAGGUUCCCCGACUUUCUCCCUCGCGUACGCCCGAUUUUUCCUUCCCCUCUCUCGAACCCCUGUGGUACAGAGACGUAAGCAGUGCACUCGAGGAAGCCACCCUGUCCACAGAGUUUUUCACAAAGAAACCUUUUCUGAGGGAAAAGCCCUGGUAGCAUGCGUAGCAGGCGCUUAGAGGUAAUGGGCGCAAGAAAGAUCGGGGUGCGCGAGGGAGACACAUUUUGGGGAAGUUGAAGACAGAUCUACAGUAAGGUAAGAAAACAAAACUCUGCACGAAGCUUUUCCAGCCACAGCAGAAUAGCGACACCUUAAUUUCCAGAUAGAGUUGUUCUUUUAAAUGUAUCUGGUUCGUUGAAAAAUUUUCACUUUCGGCUCGGAAGUGGGGAAAGGGGCUUAAAUCUAAAAUUGAAGGUAAAUCUGAGGAUUAUCUCCCCCACAAAAGCGAAAAAACUAGUCGUAAGUUUUAUUUUUUACGCCGUUUUCUAAUGAUCAGGUGUUUUUCUUCCCAGUCUUUAAACAUUUUUCCGUUCCAAAUUAAAUGCAGUAGUUUGCUCGCGGGCUCUCUCGGUCACCUACUCCUAAACCAAGACAACUUGCUUGCUGCAAGGUGUAACUGCAAUAAACCAUUGACAUAGACUCUGGCGUCGUAAGACCAUUGAGUGUUUUUUUUUUUUGCAUGUCUAGGCGGCCAUCGAUAAGACGAUAGAAGAACUUCCCGCCAUUGCGCUUAAAUCUUUGAUCACUUCCCGAGAGGACGAGGAGGAGCGACAGGAAAUCCAGCUUUCAUUUGGCCAGACAACAUACUGUCAUCACAGGGCCGUAAGAGAGAUCUGGAGGAAACUUGAGGAGUCUAACAAAAGAGAGCUUGUCGUGUGUAAGAAUAUAGUACAUCCUGUUUUUAGCACCUCAUUUGGGCUCCAUGUGGCAGUGCAUACGGCGGACAAACCGCAGAAAUUUAUAUUUGCAAGAAGAUCUAAUCGAGGUUAGUUAUUUUAGGGGACAGACUCGUGGUUUAACAUGGCGCGAGACAAUCUCUCUAAUUUUUGGCGCUCAACGUUAUGUCCUCACUUGCCUGAAACUGUUUUGCGCUGUCCCCAGGGCCCUUUUCUAUUCACAGGGAUUUGUAGGGAAAACCACCCUUGGAGCUAGGUUGAAAUUUGAAGGUAGGCAUUCGACAAAGGUUACCGGUCAUUUCGCCCCGGUUACUUAUUCCUCGUUCUAUAAGCCAGAAAGCAAAACAAGCACGCUUCAAAUAUAAUAUUUCUCGUUCUAGAAAAGGGGGCUAUUUCAUUUUGAAGCGUGAUAAAUGACUCGAAAAUAGGGGGCUAAGUAACCCGGGGCGAAAUGACCGGUUACCUAGACGAAUGCCUUAUUUCUGUUACGAACUCUUUCGAGUUUGUUACCGUUUCUAUAGCAACUGCUGAUCAGUUAAAAUACGUGCUUACAAUAAAAUGAACCAAUCAGAUCUCAGAUCAGUCAGGUGUACCUGGUGCCAAAAAGCGCGGGAAAAAGCAUGGGAGCAAGUCAUGAGGCUUUUGACUUCCUUUUAAUUUGUUGAGAAAGUGGCGCGAGAUUUUCAGGCAAUCAAAAAGCGUAGCAAUUCAAGGUAAAGGCAAUGACUUAACAAUAACUUAAGUAGUGUGUUUGAAACUAGCAAUACACUAAGAGAGGUAGAUCAAAGAUAGUUUGACAAUUGUGAUAGUCUUAAUUUCUUUUUAAAUUGUCCUAUAGAUAGUAGUGUUUUUAUUUCUUGCGGCAACGACUACCAUAAUCUAUUUCCAGUAAAGCGAACAGAAAAUUGUUGAUAUAAUUUGUGGGGAUCUUAGGAAGAGCAAGACGUAUUCAGGUUUUGCUUUCUCCUUAAUUGCUUGACAUGGUUUCCCCGGCAUUUGGUUUUAGAGGGAAUGGCAACUCCCGGCAAAUUCACUUGUGGAGCCGUGGAGAGCGCCUCAGUAAAGGACUAUGUCUACAAAGAUGGCCAAGCUUACGUGGACCUGAUCCAGACAGCCGCGCGAGGACUGGAGGAAGAACUUCGUGUCGAGCUGAAAGGAAGCGAUAUCGAGGCUCUUUGCCUCACAACCGUAUACCUCAAGUUCGACACGCACGAGUGGGGUUGUUGUUGCUACGUCGACCUGUUGGAUCCCCGAGUCUCGCCCGAACGCCGACUGACGUACAAGCAGAUAGAGUCUAGGUUCACCUCAGGCCCAAAGGACAAGUUCAAGCACGAGGAAGUGGUUGCUGUGGACUUUGAACUAUCGGGGAUGGUCGAGUUCGUACGGGACAAUUACGAAGAUUUUGCCAGCUCUGCUAAGCUGGUGGUAGUGAAAGUUUUGCAAUCUUUUUUUGGAGUUGCUGCUGUGGAGAGAGCCUUUCGUGUUUACAUGGAAGAUCGAGAGAGCGUUUCCCAAAAUGCUGAUUUGCAAAUUUAA